UGCUUUCAUGAUCUCACAAAAUUCAGGUGGAGAAAGGUGGUUUUAUAACCAGCCACCUAGCGAGGAAGAAAGGUGGCUUCCGAAUCUCCUGACUGGUAGUCAAAAGCGAAAAUAAAUUGAAAAUUUGAAAUUAUAUAUUUAAAUAUUUCGCUUUCUUAGAAUAGCUGCUUAAUUUUAUAUGUCUCUCCACGGUACUGAUCGCUUGAAAUAUCAAAAGAAUAUUAAUUUAUCAAUGUAAUUAGUUUUACUUGUCAAAUGACAUAUUUCUUUUUUUUAAAUUUUCGUUCCUAGACGGAGCGAACCGGUAUUGUUUGUGACAGCUAGUGGCGAUUGUGGUGUUUUGUAAAUAAUGUUAUUUCGGUGGUAUCGAAAGAGAAUUCAUGAAUGAACGCAAGUAUGAUGCAUAUUUUUAUCUGACUGUCCAAUUUUUUUUAGAGUAAACAAACUUUUCAAUCGACCUGAAGAUUUUUCAGAAAAUCUGAAGGAAUGGCAGAAGUUUUAUUCGAUGAUGUUUAUGAUCUGUGUGAGAUAAUUGGAAGGGGUCCUUUUAGCUUAGUUCGCCGGUGCAUCCAUAAAACUACGGGUCAACAAUUUGCUGUUAAAAUAGUAGAUGUUGCUAAGUUUACAUCGUAUCCUGGUCUUAGUACAGAAGAUUUAAAAAGAGAAGCUACUAUAUGUCACAUGUUAAAACACCCUCACAUAGUUGAAUUAUUGGAAACAUAUAGUUCAGAAGGGAUGCUUUAUAUGGUUUUUGAAUUCAUGGAGGGUUCAGAUUUGUGUUUUGAAAUUGUGAAGCGAGCUGUAGCUGGUUUUGUGUACAGUGAAGCAGUUGCAAGUCAUUAUCUUCGUCAAAUAUUAGAAGCUGUUUGUUACUGCCAUAGUAAUGACAUUAUUCAUCGUGAUAUUAAACCACAGAGUGUCCUUAUUGCUACUAAAGAAAAUUCGGCUCCUGUCAAAUUAGGUGGUUUUGGAGUCGCCGUACAACUUUCUGGAAACCAAUUAGUUAACCCUGGUCGUGUUGGUACACCUCAUUUUAUGGCACCAGAAGUUGUGCAGAGGCAGUCUUAUGGGAAACCUGCUGAUAUUUGGAGUUGUGGUGUUUUAUUAUAUACAUUGCUCAGUGGAACAUUACCAUUCAUGGGGACCAAAGAGCGUCUUUUCCAGAAUAUUUGCAGUGGACGACUUAAUCUCUCUGGGCGGCACUGGGAUUCCGUAAGUGAUUUUGCGAAAGAUAUGAUUCGCAGAAUGCUCACAGUUGAUCCUAUGUGCAGAAUAACUGUAGAAGAAGCUUUACAACAUUGGUGGAUCAAGGGUAGAGAACGAUGUGCUCCUAAAAGGCAUCUUUCUCAGACUGUGGAAGAACUCAAAAGGUUCAACGCUAGAAGGAAAUUAAAGGGUGCUGUAAUAGCAGCUGUAUCAAGUCCGAAAUGGAACAGUUAUUAUGAUCCUUUAAAUGACAGAACUUCUGAUUAUGGUAUUGAAGAUGAAAUUACUGCUGCAGGUGCAAUAUCAGUAGUUCUAGAUAGUUUAGAUACAAUACAAUGUUUAUCUGACAGUCCCAUCAAAGACAAGGAAUUUCUUUCAUCCAUUUUGGAAGAUAAAAAGCUUCAUACCCUGCUGGAUCUUUAUGAUAGGAUAAGCACAGAAUCAUAUGGUACAAUCAGGGGUCCUAUUCCAGAGGCCUUCCCUACAGCUAGGGAGGUUUUAGAGUUCCUACAUUCAAGUUCAGGUAUGAUGUCACCAGAAGCUUCCGAGUUACGAGCAAUACUACAUGAUCCAUAUAUGCGGGCUUUAUUGCAAGCUCAUGAUGUACUUUGUCAUGAAGUUUAUGGUGAAGAUGCCAUUAGAGUAACCCCCCCUCCUGUUGCACCAUAUGCAAAUGGUGGUCAAGGAAUGGAGACUGAAAUAGGACCUGAAGCUAAGGCAGUUACCAGAGUUCGGCUAGUUCAAUUCCAAAAAAAUACCGAUGAACCUAUGGGUAUAACUUUAAAAUUGGAUGAUAAAGGAAGAUGCAUAGUUGCCCGUAUUAUGCAUGGUGGCAUGAUUCACAGACAAGCGACCCUGCAUGUUGGGGAUGAGAUCCGGGAGAUUAAUAAUGUUAGUGUUGCAAAUCAGACAGUAGAUGCGCUUCAGAAGAUGUUGAGAGAUGCAAGAGGAAAUGUUACAUUCAAGAUUAUUCCGAGUUAUAGAACUGGCCCUCCAACAUGUGAAAUAUUUGUUCGGGCGCAAUUUGAUUAUGAUCCAAAAGAUGAUGAUCUUAUACCAUGUCCCCAAGCUGGUAUAAAAUUUCAAACAGGUGACAUCUUGCAAGUUAUAAGUAAAGAUGAUCAUAACUGGUGGCAGGCAAGGAAAGAAGGAUCAGAUACUACUGCUGGACUCAUUCCUUCCCCUGAACUCCAGGAAUGGAGAGUUGCUAGUUUAGCUGUUGAACGUUCUCGUAAUGAUCAAGUUAAUUGUUCGUUUUUUGGUCGCAAGAAGAAACAUUAUAGGGAUAAAUAUUUGGCCAAACAUAAUGCUGUUUUUGAUCAGCUGGACCUUGUAACAUAUGAAGAAGUUGUCAGACUGCCAGGAUACAAAAGAAAAACUUUAGUUUUACUUGGUGCUCAUGGAGUUGGACGCCGUCAUAUAAAAAACACUCUGAUUAGUAAUCACCCUGAAAAAUAUGCUUAUCCUAUUCCCCAUACUACUCGCCUUCCAAGGCCGACAGAAGAAAAUGGGCGUAAUUAUUAUUUUGUCAGUCAAGAGGAAAUGAUGGCUGACAUCACUGCUAAUGAAUAUUUAGAAUAUGGUACUCAUGAAGAUGCCAUGUAUGGCACAAAGUUAGAGACAAUAAGAAAAAUACAUAAAGAAGGAAAGAUAGCUAUACUGGAUGUUGAACCCCAGGCCCUGAAAAUUCUUAGAACUGCUGAAUAUGCUCCAUUUGUUGUGUUCAUUGCUGCUCCAACUUUAACUAAUAUUAGAGAUGCUGAUGGCAGUUUAGAGCGUUUGGCAAAGGAAAGUGACCUUCUUCAGCAAGCCUAUGGACAUUACUUUGAUCUGACUAUAAUAAAUAAUGACAUUGAAGAAACAAUUCAUACUUUAGAAAAAGCAAUAGAAAAUAUUAGCACAGUUUUACAAUGGGUACCUGUCAGCUGGGUGUAUUAAUGUAAAUUUUAUCUAUGCAAUUUUUUUGUGACCUGACAGGAGUCAGUUUGAUCUCUGUAUUGACAUUCACACUGUGCUAGUGAGGUUCGCGGAGGGAGAUGUGAAUAUUGAAUUUGAAGACUGUUGUGCUUUGAAGUGUAAAAGGUUCUUUUUGUUGCAUCUUUGUUAAACAUAUGUUGUUUUAAAUUGUGAUAUCUGCUUUAUACUGCCUAAAUAAAUGCCUCCAAUUUUACAAACGCUGUUGCUGCUCUAGGCUGAUGCUUGAAAUAGCUUUGGUGUUUUAGAGCUUAGUAUCAUUUUUUUAUUAAUUGGUCUAGUUACUAGAAAUAUUACAGUUCGAUAUAUUAAAAUUCGAAUUGCAACUUGCUACAAGUUUCUAUUGCUGUUACAGAUUUUUAAGUUGUUUUUUCUCAGUAGCUGUGAAUGCAAACUGUUUCAUAACAUGAAAAAUAAUACUGUAUAAUGACGUAUGUAGAAAUUAGUAAAGAUUGUUAUAAAAAGAAGCCUUUUACAUUUCUAAAUGAUACCACCAAUCAAUGGGGAGCUGCAGUGAAAUGUUCCCUUGCCUUUUCAUUCCUUGUGACAUCUGGAUAGAAUAGGUAUGUUACCUAUUCAAAAGCCUGAUGAACAUGGUCUAUGCUAAAGCAAAUAUAUGGUGCUCAAAUCAAAUGUCAAAUCUUAUAAAUUGCAUUUACGGUAGUUGAGAUAUAUUUUAAGUUAAAUAAGGCUGUUUAAAGUGGUGAGAACAAGUUGUUAUUUGUGUGCUUGUGAUUCAGCCGAGUUCUUUUGCCUUCAAAAAGAAUACAGAAAGCAGAGUUUUAUGUUUCUUUUUUUUAUUUGAAGAUAUUGAGAUAAAAGUUGUGUCAGUAAAAAUAUGUUCUUAUGUGCACCAUGAUCUGGUUAUGCAACUUACCUUUGUUUAUAUUUGUAUAGCAAUAUAUUCUUUUAUUUGAAAAAAUGAAGUGCAUAUUUUUUGUAUGCCAUAUUAAAUACUAUUGAAAUUAUGGAAUGAUCAUGCAAUUACUUUUUACACUUUUAUUUUAUAAAAUAAUUUUUAAGCUUAUUUAUAUUCAAGUCUGUUAAUAUUGUUAUGUGUUAUAAAAUUUUAUGGAAUUGCAAAUAUUGGUAUUUACACUAAUGUAAUUGUUCCUUAUUUUUUGUUUAUUAUCUGUGAUUUACUGACAACUAUGAACUAUGCAUUUUUUCCAAUGUUAGAGAUGAGGUUUAAAUUAUUGGUGCGUCCAACUUUUUCUUUUCACUAAAUUGUUUGUAUGUUGUUGUUUUUUUAAGUUAGUGCUAAUUGCUGAAAGACUUGAACAAAAUUCCUUUUUUAUAUAGCAUGCUUAUUGUUUUUGUAGAUGACGAUGGAAUUUAUAUCCUAGUAGUUCAUACUUUACUCUUUUUGAUUUAGGCUUUGCAUUUGUAGGAUCGGCUUUUUCUUAGCUUAACUUCGGCUAUUUUUGAAAUGGUCUGACCUUGUAACGUAUUUAAUUAUGUCAAUAACAAAUGUAUUAAUUAGAACUGAGGAACACUUCAUGCAAAUUUUACCAUAAGAUAUUAUUUUAAUUGAAAAUUGUUUUUUUGAGUUGCAUUUUAGGUUAUGUUUUGGAUUUUCUUUUCAUGUCUUAAUGUAGGAAACUAUUUAUACAUAUAUAAUAUGGAGCCUUUGUUCCAGCAAUUGCCAGUUUCUAUCAGAAUAUUGCUAACAGACGUUUCUAUAUUCAGCAGUAUUUGGAAUGGCUUUUUGGUUAAUUUUGAAUUGAAUUCUCAUGAUUGAUUUAUAGUUUUAAAGAACAUUAUUGUUAUUUAUAAUUAACUCGCCGGAGAUUUAAUUAAAUCUUAAUGUAUAUAUUCAUUUGGAACAGAAUGUUUAUUCAAAUGAAGCUAAUCAUAGUAGAGUGACUUAAGACUUAUUUGGUUAAAGCUUGAAAAUAGACGAAUCAUAACAUCACUGAAUAUGGCAAAAACAUUAUUGAGAUUUUCUUUUGUUUUGUCCAUUUACACUUGAAAUUACAUGGAAAAAUGAUGCUUCAUGUUUAAAAAAGAAUUCAAAAAUAUUUCUUCAGUGAUUUUGGCUUAUAUAUUUUUAUAAUAUUUAUUUAGAUAACUCUUUUUUCAUAAAAUAUAUAUUUUUGCAAAAUGCCACUAGCUGUAUGCAUUUUACUCAAUGCUCACGAAAGUGUAAUAAGAUUUAUGAGUUACAUUAAAAUUUAUUAGAACUAAAUGUUGAGAUUUUUAAUAGCUUCGCAUUUUACUAAAUAUUAAAUGAAUGUGAAACUACAUAAUGCGUUAUUGUCAGCAAUCUAUUAUGCAUAUUUGAGUAAAGGCUCCCAUGGCAUCGCAACACAUUCGUGUCAUUUUAUAACAGUGUUAGCAAUUUUGUAGCCAACCUAUAAGUUCGUAAAUGAUGCAUCAUCGCAAUUUCCAUUAAAAUCAUAUUUUUGGUAAAUAGUUUACUUUUUUUAUUUAUGGUAUAUCUUUUGGAGUUUUCCACUUUUUUUUUUUUCCAUUAUCUAAGUGGUAGAUUUAAGUUCGUUUUCCUUCUCAACUUUAAUUGUGUUCUGUUACAGACUUUCCCUUAGAAGAGCAUGAUUUAUUUUUCAGUUCGUUAUGUAGAUAUUAAUGAAUAGUCUUCUGCCUGGUGAAGGCACUUUUUCUCACAUUGAGUCUGUUUUUCCAUUGAUAGGAAUCGGAAAACGAAACAACGAAAAUAAAAACGGACUUCAUUUCUAUGCAAUAUCUUCAUACUAUGCAAUAUCUUCAUACUAUGCAAUCUCUUCAUACUAUGCAAUCACUUCAUACUUUGCAGUUUCUUCAUUUUCUAUGCAGUUGUCUGAAUAUGCAUAUCUUGAGAACAUAUCUUUUAAUGUUUAACAUUUAUUAAAUAUCUGAAUCAUCCAAAUAUCUCAUUGUUUUCUAUAUUGUGUUACUGCUUUGUUAAAUCUUGUUGAAGAAUCAUCAUUAAUAUUGUCAUAAUGUCAUUUAAUAAUGUCAUAAAUAAAACUUUGAAAUAGAAGAAUUGUAUUAAAUAGGAUUUGAAUUAUAUUUUUUCAUUGAUUAG